AGUCAUUCGUCUGCUUGUACAGCAUUUUGCAGUCAGCUGCGUUUUAUUCAUCCAUCCACCUGCUCCACUGGCUGCAGCUGUCACUUAUUCGCUUCACUGGAGGCUUUUGGUUGUAAUUUAUGUAAUUGUGCCUAGGUGUUUGGGCUCUUUUGGUGUUUUUGAGAGGAAAUCAUCGCUGAGAUGGCCUGCGCUGGAUUCACCUGCUCCAAGAAUUCCCUCUGCGCCCUCAACAUCCUCUAUGUGAUGGUGAGCAUGUUGAUGAUCGGCAUCGCUGCCUGGGGAAAGUGGUUUGGCCUGGUCUCGAGUUUCCAGGUGGUAGGAGGCAUCAUCGGAAUUGGGGUCUUUCUCUUCCUCGUCGCUUUGGCCGGACUCAUUGGCGCCAUAAAGCAUCACCAAGUUCUUCUCUUUUUUUACAUGAUUAUCCUGUUCCUGGUGUUUGUGGUCCAGUUCUCUGUGUCCAGUGCGUGCCUGGCUAUUAACAAAGAGCAGCAGAAUGAGCUGUUGGAGGUGGGCUGGAACAACUCACAGACCACACAAAGGGACGUGGAGAAGAGCCUGAACUGCUGCGGAUUCUCCCACGUGGAAGUCAACGGCACCUGUCCUGCUGCCUGUUUCACUCAUUCCACAUGUGACACGUGUGCAGCGAAGAUCCUGGAGCAUGUCGGGGAGGUCCUGCGUAUCGUCGGAGGCAUCGGCCUUUUCUUCAGCUUCACCGAGAUCCUGGGGGUUUGGCUAACCUACAGAUACAGGAACCAGAAAGAUCCACGUGCCAAUCCUAGCGCCUUCCUGUAAAACCCCUACCUGGACAUGGCAACUUCCUGUCCUCCAUCCUGCAAACUUCUGUAACCACUGGACUUCUUACUAGAGCUCUGUCCAACACCAGAAGUGUGUGUUUGCUUUUUCUGAAGCAGAGAUCGGUGCUCGUUCUCACUGCUGCGUGUGUUGAAAGAGUGCAGUGUUUUGAGGUUAAAAAUAAUAAUAAUAAUCAUGUAUAUAUCAUGGAGCUAAAUUUUUGUUUUGAAUGGAGCUACCACAACACCAAAUGAAGUCGAGAAUGAAGGAAAUACUUCUGUUAGAGAGUUAAGGGCUAAAAGUAAUUGUCAUAUUUACUGUCUUAAAGAAAAUGACCAAAUGUGAAGGAAAAAAAGACUCACGUGAGAAUAGUGUAAAAGAAAUCAGACUCAUGUUACUGAUGAUGAAUGCAAUAAAUUGAUCAUGCUUUUUAGUUUGA